AUGGUCAUUUGGCAUGACAUUCUAUUUGCUGUAGAUUCAGUAAGCAGGAAGCUGCAAUCACCAUCCAUGUGCAUUGAGACUGCCUUAAAGCAAAUAGAUGGUAUGAGGACUUAUUUUGACACUUAUAGAGAGGAAGGGUUUGAUUCUAGUGUGAUCAUUGCCAAAGAAAUCGCAGCUGCAAUGGGUGUAGAGCCAUCAUUUCCAGUAAAGCGUCGUGUUUCUAGGAAGAAACAAUUUGAUGAAGAUGACAAUGAUGAAGCGAUAUUGGAAGCUGAGAAGGAUUUUAAAGUCAAUUAUUUUUUGAUUAUGGUUGAUAAGGCGGCCACUUCACUGAAAAUUAGAUUUGACGAACUUGAGUCAUUCAAAAAUAUAUUUGGAUUUUUAAUGAGUUCAACGGCCUUGAAGUCAUUGGACCGUUCUGAACUUAAAGACAGUUGUACAAAAUUUGCAAGUGCUUUCUCUUCGGGUGGUUCAUCUGAUGUUGAUUUAAAUGAUCUGAUUUCUGAGUUAAUUGUUAUGCAGUCAACUUUGCCCGAUAGAACAAUGUCUGCUAUGGAGAUUUUUGAGUUUGCGAGGGAAGCAGAUUGUUAUCCAAAUAUUGCUAUUGCAUACCGGAUUUUCUUUACUAUGCCUGUUACUGUGGCAUCAGCUGAAAGAAGUUUUUCGAAGUUGAAAUUGUUGAAGAACUACUUGAGAUCUACAAUGUCGCAAGAGAGGUUAAAUGGCUUGGCAACUUUAUGCAUCGAGAAAAAUUUGGUUGAUAAAAUUGAUAUUGAUACCAUCGUUAGUGAUUUUGCAUCUCAGAAUGUUAGAAGAAAAAUUUGA